GGUCCCGCUGCGGCCUGGCCGGGUAGAUGGAGGCGGCAGGCGGCGGUGCAGCGCCGGACUGUAUCGGUCUGCACGAUUUCAGCGGGCAACUGGGAGAGCAGCGGGUGCACUUCCACGCCAUGCGGCUGCAGGACUCGCUCUUCCUCUGGGUGGGCGCCGCGCCCGCCCUGUCCAGCCUGGCCGUGGCCAUGUGCAACCCCCGGGACAGCGUGCCCGUGUCCACCUCCCUGCUGGGGGACCCCUCCGACACCGCCUCCGCCUGCCUGGCCCAGCGCCUGGUGGUGACAAAGAGAAGGAGCAGCUUAGUCUGUGGAAUACAGAAAUCUCAGGGAUGUUCUGGAGAGUAGGAUAAUGCUGAUGGUUACACUAAUGCAAGUUACAAGAAGCUCAACUGCCUGCCUGAAGUCCAGCCCAGGUUUUGCUCCUCUUCCAGGCUUCCCUCAGCAACCACCGCCUUAGGGCUGAAGAACUGUCCAAUUGUCCCUUCCCAAACCAGCCUUCCCCCAGAGGAAAACAUUAUCUAGAAGGCAGGCAGUAUGGAAUGUGGUCCCAGCAAGCACAAUGCAAAAUGUGCUGAAGAACUUCAGGAUUUUGCCCACUUCUAAACACUCACAGGCAGCACCAUGCUCAUGGAGGGUCCCUGAGGUCUGUUAAAAAUUUGAGCAUCUCCGUAACACAUAUCUGAAAUCCACUGGGAAGGACUGGAGUUCCAACCUGAUUUGGGGGGGAAUCCUCCCAGUUUCUUCUGAAACCUGGAUUUAAGCAAAGUGGUCACAGUGCUAUGCCAGUUCAUCAUCUUCCCCCUCAUGUUUGAAAUGUUCGAAAUCAUUUUGAACAGUGCCCUAAACAGAAGACAUUUCCUCGGGGAGAGAAUCCUGAGCAUCAUCAGUGACUUUUUUGCAUUUCAAAACUAAAGCUGUGUCACGUCCUUAAGCUGCUGAGCUAACUGCAAGACAACUUCUAUUUACAAUCCUAUAACAACACACAGACCUCUCAAAUAUUGCAUGAGAUACUCUCCUUGGUGGAGGAUGAAAUGAAGGACACCGUCAGUUCCAAAAUAUCAUUAGCUUAAAGACUGAAAGUGAACUCCUUCCUAACCAGGAUGCAACAGAGCCACUGUUUCCAAGCUAUGGGAAGCACUGGAGUCACCGUUCCUGGAGGCGUUCAAUGUGGAUGUGGCACUGAGAGCAUGGUUAGUGGGCAUGGUGGAGAUGGGUUGGUGGUUGGACUAGGUGAUCUUAGAGAUCUUUUCCAACCUGAAUGAUUCUAUGAUUCUAAGAUACAAGAGCAGCGAGAUAACCAGGAGGGCACGAAGCCUGCUGCAAGCAGAAGCCACAGCAGAAUCACAAAAACAUUGUGUCCCAGGAGUGCAAAUCACCACUGUUUAUUUGGGCAAAGACAUGUAGUGCUGCUUUCCAGCCUGCUCCGCAGCAGCAGCAGAGCCCCGUUCUGCACCCUGCAUCCUUUCCCUUUGUGCAUGGGCAAUCAGCCCAGUGUCCUCAGCCGCCCACACUGCACUGCCCUGGCCUCUGCUCUACUCACUGAACAGUAAUCCCUUCAAGAGAUGCAAGACAGAGAGAGAGAGAGAGAGGAGGAAAAAAAAGAAGAAAAAAAAAGCAAACCACUAUGGAGAAAUGAGAUAGACCAACUCUAAUUUACAACCAAAACAAAAGAUGCGUUUGUCUGCUGUUACUGGAAGACAGUGUCAUAAAAAUAAUAAAGCCAAGAAAUGCUAUUUAGAUGCAAAUAGUCGUGCUGCUCACUGCUCACAGGUCACUCCUGGUCACCUAUCUGCUCUAACUACAUGGAAUAUUUCUGAGGGGGGAAAAAAGAAAAAAGAAAGGUAUUUCAUUGUACUUAAUGACCAUACUGAAGCAGGAUAUUAUGGCACUAGCCUCCUUAUACCUGAUAAUAUCCAUUCUCCCCAGCAUCUAUGCAGCGUGAGGCCAACAGAAUCAUAACAGCAGAGCUGGAGCGAAAGAGGAAAUUGGUCGAAUUAACAUUUGCAAGACAGGAGCACCCAGCGGGCUCAGCAAUGGAUCGGGGCUAUCUUAAAAAAGAAAGCAAUAAAAAUGGCGGCACUUAAUCUCGAAGAGCAAGGUCAGAAUGAUUUUUGUAGCAAGAUUCUGGAAAGGAUUAAGUGGGAAGAAAAUAAUUCAGAACAACUAAAGCAGUUAGAUAAGACAGUGUUGUAACGUCUAUAAUUGAGCCCGUGCUAAGCCUUUUGCACUGAAAAAGCCAAACAAAGCAGAAGAAAAAGCAUAAGGUUUUGCAGGGCUUAACAGAGGAUGACUGUUUACUAAUUUGGCUCAAGAGAAACAAUGAAAAUCACUGCCCACAAUCACACAAUACACACUGUACAGACUUCUUGUGGGCACGAGAGUUCUCUCUCUAAGUAUGACCAGAUCUGGACUUUGGAAGCAAAACACUUCCUCCUCUGUCAGCAGAAGACUGUCCCUAAUGCCAUGCUCUUUGGGCUUUCCCAGUUUGGGUGUCUGUGUUUCUCAAAGUCAUUUUUCAUUGUCAAUCUGUGCUUUGUUGAGCUCAACUUAAUUACAUGAAAUUAAGAGGAAACGAUACAUAUAUAUUUAAGUCAAGUGCUAUUUCCAUUCUUUCAUGUAAUGUUGGUGGAGCCUUUUGACUCUACCACUUACUUUUCCCCAGUCUCUUCAAUUUUUAAAAUAUCCCAAUCUACUCACAAGUCACUUCCUUCAGAUGAUUGGCUCUCCCCAAGUCUCCAAUAUCGUUCAGCUUUCUGAUGGCUUUCUCCAUCCUUUAUGUAUAUACCAACCAACAACAACAACAAAACCACAAAGAACUAACUCAUCCACCCCCACACCAACAUUUACAAUAGCCAAAACAUCACUGAGAUUGCAACAAAUGAGGUAUGUGACUGUGACAGGCCAUCAGGAGAGCAGCCGCAGGGCCCUGGCAGCUCCUUGGCUGUCUAAACUCUAAGGGUCAAUGAUACAAUCUUAAAAGUCAAGCCAACGUCCAUUAAAGUCACAUGGAAGCAAACUAUUGCUCUGUCAGUUCCAGCAGGAAAACUCCCCCUCCCCCAGCCUUUUCUUUGAUUUUGCACUGAAGUUACCAGUUCAGAAGGAAUUUGAAUUAAGCAUUUCAGUUCUGAGUGAUACGCCAGAAAGGAGAGUCUGGAAAAUAAGAAACGUUUUUUCCCCACGUACUCAGAGGCCCAUUAUGAGCUUUCCCAUAGUCCAGAGCCCACACACACUGCGGGCUUCCUAUUCAAGGACUCAGUAGGAAAACUGUCGGCAUGCUAGCUCUUCACGUCUCAGUGGAAAUUAAAGCUAUUCACUGGGACAUUCUGACAGUCUCACAGGGAGGGGAACCCCAUCAGCUUCCAGCUCCCACCGCUGCUGGAUUCUCGUGGGAUCCACUGCAUCCCAGGCCCACGGCUUUCAGAAUUGUAAAGCAACUCUCCAGGCUUCAAAUGAAGCCACCCAUCUCCGCAUUGCUUGGCAAAGGCAAAAUGCACAAAGCUCGAAGCAAACCUGUGAAAACGGAUGCCCAAGGUGACGAGUGUCAUAUGGUGAUUGAGUGUUGCUGGAUUUUUCUGGCUGCUAAGUGCUACUGUCAGUAGUGUUUUGAACAUGAAAAGAGCUAUGGAAGCAUAACAGAAAGGCUCCAUUGGUCCCCAGAGCUCAACAACUCUGCAGCAGGAGACAGACAGGGCUGAAAUGCAGAGCUGAGCAACCUGCCCACAGCCACACUGAGCUGCUGGUGAGAGGGGCUGUUCGUGCUUCCCAGAAUUUCUGUCUCCAGAAACUCAACUGUGCUCACUUUUGUCUUCAAGGACUAGCAGCUCGGCAUAUCAUAUCUUUGAAAAGCCUAAUGUUGGAGGAGUACUGAAGACUAUCAGGUCACAUACAAAAAUAUGAGCUGGAUAAAGAGCUGACUGAUGGAAAGGCAGCAAAAGGGGGCAGAAAAAUGGAGAUGCCAGCAGGAUGAAGGAGAUUACUGCUGGCAUGACUUGUCUCAUUCUCAAAAAAGAAAACAAUAUUUAAUAAACUCAGUAGGGAGUUUGGCACAAAACUGAGGAAUGUGUCAAUGACGACUGCUGAUGACAGCGAGGCGCUAUCAGCCAUUCAGCACAGAAAUGGGACAAGAGAGAUAAAUGGAUGAACCUGAGAUCCCGUGUGGCAAAAGCAAGUUGGAAAUGCAAAAUACAACUCAGCGAUUCAAGAGAAAUGCUUCUGCUGGAAUACGAGCUUUUAACAAGGACUGCAGUGCAGCUGGCUCUACGCUGCUUGAUCUCUAACUAUAUGGCACCCAUAUGCUGCAUUCAUAAAGUAUUUCCUAUUCACACAAUGAAAUAUGGGCGCUCUUUUACAAUUCUGGACACCAAUAUUUGAGAAACUAAAGCCUUGGUAAGCCUAUUUAUCAAAGGAGAGGAGAUAGAGAAGAACUCCAGCUGUCUGCUGAUACAGUAUGGGAAAAGAGAAAAAGAAAAUUAAGAUAGAGACAGUUGCAGAACAGGAACAAAUGGGAACAGAAAAAAGACAAAGAAUCUGGACAGCUAGGGCAUAUUUGAACUGAAUGCUAAAACGUAGCCAAGCGUAAGAGCAAGGUAGAUUUAGGGAAUGGCUUUCCAACAAAAGCACGGACAAAAAAACUAACAGCAUUUAAGAUGAAUCUCGGGUAAUCAGAGCAACCGUGUAACUCGUUGACUACGAACACAAAGGACUGACUGCAAUAAUUUGUUUCAAUCCCAUGUUUCUAAUUACAUUGAAAAAAAAGGUGGGAAAAGCCAGACACAAGGUUGCCAUUGCAAUUUUCAGUUGCUCAUACACAUUAUGAUACAGCACUUAAUUAGAUGAUCACACAUUGGUUUUCUCUUCCACAAUGUUCGGUGCAGUCAGCAAAUGAGCAGCUAUUAAUGAUAUUCUCUACCUUUCUCAUUCAAGACGUGCCCCUCUGCCUUAUUAUUCAGACCUCACAGUGAAUACAAAACCAUAGCUUUCCUCAGAGACAUUCCCACAGUGCUGUCAGAAUAUUCAUGUACUUCAUAAAUAUCAAUGAAAUCACCUCCACUGCUUUCUCGUAAGACUAUUGCAGUUUUGCAAUGCAGGGAGAUGAAAUGCAGAGGAAUAACAUCCAGAAUGAGGAAAAAAAAAAUCACUCAGCAAUUUUAGGAGUAUAGUUUGAGAAAUAUGAGCUCUGGGUUGCUCAGAAUCCUCUGCGUGCAAUAUUCAUUGUAGGUACUGAAAUAAACGCUCUACCUUUCUGCAAACCAAGCCCCAGAAAUACACGCUGUUGAGACACUGAAGAAACAAUGAUUGGUGACAACUAGAAGAGCUUAAUUGCAGGGAACGUUCCAUCAUUGUGCACAAACAUCCCUGGUGGACACAGACACGAGUACAGCUCCUCAGGAGCUAUUCAGCUUCAUUCCCCCAAGACGGCCCUCUUUCCUCCUGCAACCCUCUGGCUCAUUUAACUACACACCAUCCAAAUUCUGCAACAAAUGAGGAACAGACAACAGCUUCAUUCCCACAGCAUCAUCCAUCCUAUGCACUGAUUCAUCCAUCCUAUGUCCUGUAAAAAAAUAGGUUGCAGUCAUGUUACUGAAGGCUGUAUCAUCUUAUCUUCAUGCCAGGAGGCCAAGCAAGGGUUGCCCGGGCAACCUGACUUUUUGCAUUUCUGAGAGCCUGACUUGCCAAUGUUUACAUUCUGCUAACCUUACCAACACUCAAAAAACAAAAAGAAAAAAAGAAUAUCUCAAAUGUCAUUGUGUCGAACUGUAUUUGGGCCAUCAUGUUUCAGAUACCUACACAGGCAUUACGGCUUUCUGUGGCUGGAGCUAUGGAGGGAGCCUCAAGCAAGGUGGGCAGCAGAGGCAUGAGGCACGCAUUUUAGAAGUGGGUUUCACAGGAGAAGAGUGCUGAGACUGCAUCCUAGGGCUUGACAACUUGUUCUGGAGGGAGGAGGAAGCAAAUGGCCACAGCCUCUUCAGUCUUUGUGCCCUAGCUCUCCUUCCUUCCUCUAUAGCCAUUAAUGCCCUCUGUCCCUUGUUGCCUUUGUUCGUGAAGGUCACCUUCAACUAUCUUUAUACUUUGCCCCCACAACUCUUUUCACUCUGCUACUCCCUCUCCUCUCUAUUAGCAGUACCUCUUAGUGCUCUCCUCCUCUGAUUGGUUCUUUAGGUUUCCUCUCCUCGCCCCACAUCCAUGCCCUGUUCACACGGGCAGUAAGAGCACCAGCGUUUGCUGCCAGCCCUCCAUGCCCUGCUCCCACCGAAAUUCAGUCAAGCUUUAAGAGAAGCUGACCACUACCCAGUUGUUUCUUUGUUGUUAUUUUUUAUUUUAUUUUACAGUAUAUUUGGCUUUUCCCAGGGGCACCACAAGGCACAUCCUCAGUACAGUGCUCCCUUCUACCCCUUCCCUCUUCACAUCCUGUAGCUGCCAUGUCAUUACUGUCUUCACAGGGAUACAUACAGCCAGUGCAUGCAUGAGCUCCUCCUCCACUUCUGUAUAUCCAGCCAGCAAAAGAAGACUUACAUUCAUCAGUCCUACUCUUGUUGCUCACUGUUUUUCCUGUACGGCAUGCCUUGAAGGAGCUGCACAAACUCCAUCAGCUGCCACUGGUAGACAAGAGGGGACUGUCAGGAAAAAAAUGAGCCCCUUCUGAAAACUGAUCAGAUAUUCAAGAGGGCAACAGAAAUCAUGGCUUGCUGGCUGGUUUCCUUUAACACAGAAAUCUCUUUUGUCUGUGAGGCUUAAAGGCUGCCUUUAUUCCAAUGGUUUGAACUGAAUUUCCCACAAUGUACCUGACUAACCCCUGGGACUUGCAUGGGCUAUUUAAGUUCGGCACUAAUAAACAACCAAGAAACAGGAUCUUGUAAAGGAACACAUCCAGCAGGUUUGUGUGGAGUAGCAUCACAUGAAGGUACCUUGUAUUAUUGAGCUAGGGAACUUGCUUUGUUCCUCUGUCUAAUACACCUGGCUCUUCACCCAUCCCAGUCUGUACACAGUACUGUAGUUGUAGCUGUGGUGGUCUGAAGGUACAAUCAAAGGUUCUGUAGUUAUUUUCUCGGGUUAGGAAAAGAGACUGACUCAGACAUAAGGUGAACUUUUUUUCUUUUAAUUCAAAGAAAAUCCCCUUUAAACCACAGCUUUCCUAACUGCAGUCAGCAUUCAUAUGCACACACAAUACUUGUCACCACCACACACUUUUGUAAUUACAUCAAUAUUAUUUCACCAAGCUGCAAAAAUAUUUUUGUGCCUUCUUCCACUGAAUGGCUCUACCUUAGAAAGCAAUGUCUAUACACACUGUGUCCUCAGCACCAUUCUAGUUUGUGUUUUCAUCUAGAGUUGAGCAACAACAACAACAAAAAAGCAUUUUUGCUAUUCUGCCCAGUCAAGCAGUCAUUUUCUGUUCUGUUAAGGAACAUCUAGAACAUCAUUCACCAAAGGAGAAGAUAGGGAAAAUGACAACAGGGUGGGCUUCCACAGAAAAAUUACGUCUGACAACCAGGCAAUUGCUGCCAGGGCUUUCCUUGCUGUGUAUUCCCAACAGCAUCCACACACAGGGAGGGACUGUACUGUCAGUGCAGCAAGUGAUCUGUCCUGGCCAACGCACCUUAGGACAGCUGGUACUCUGGGAUUUCCAAUACCCCUAAACACUCUCUACUUCCACUCUUUAAGAAGUGCUUCUUUAGCCUUUACUUCACUGCAAAUGACUGUUCCAUAGCUGAAUUUGAAUACCUUGAGUUAGAAGGCUCCCACAAGGAUAAGCAAAUCCAACUCUGGGCACCACACAGGACCACACAAAAUUCAAACCCUAGUCUGAGAGUGUUAUCCAAAUGCUCCUUGAACUCCACCUCUGGUGCAGUCCCUUUCCCUAAAAGCCCCUCCCCUCACACAGCUCCAUGCCGUUCCCUCAGGCCCUGACACCGUUACCAGAGAGCAGAGCUCAGUGCCGCCCCUCCGCUCCCUGUGAGGAGCGGCAGCCGCCAUGAGGCCUCCCCUCAGCUCCUCUGCUCUGGGCUGAACAAACCUAGAGACCUCAGCCACUCCUCAUACACUUGCCCUCCCAGACCCUUCACCAUCUUCACAGUCCUCCUUUGGAUACUCUGAUAGUUUUAUGGAGCCCAAAAUGGCAUGCAGUACUCCAGGGGCUUGUGGUGUACCAGUGCAGUGUAGAGCAGGAGUGUAAAGCUGUAAUGAAGAAUACGCUUGCACUCUAUGCUCCACAGGGGAGCAGAGAAGAGAUGAGAAAGUUUUAGAAGAAACUGGCAGUGAAAAACCUCUACUAAAUUAAUAUUACCAAAAUAUUGAAUUUGCUCAUGACUGAAGACGGCUUUAUUCUGGGGAUGUUUUGAAAUAGUUCUCAACAAAACAAGCCUGCUUUGUAAGUUACAUUUCAAAAUGCAGCGGGAUAAAAAUAAUUAUUUUGUUGCAAUAAUUUUCUUGCAUUUUCUUCCAUCCAAGAAAUACUUCACCCAUUUGAAUGCUAAUUCUAUUACAGAACUGCUAUAAGCUGCCAAAAUGUAUACACACAACUCCAGCAGCAAUCUGUUACACAGGGUACACUAAUUUGACUGACACAGGUGAGUAGAAUUACACUGGGGUUUCUAGCAGGAAGAGGCUGUAUGGGAUAGCACAUAGAGUAACUCAGUCACACAAGGCUACUAUCACUAAUACUAAACAGCAACACAAUGGACCUGAAAUGAAGCGAAAUGUUUUCCAGCCAUUUCAGAGAAUAAAACAAAUCAAAACCAAAAACCCUCUCCGUGCAGACAGGAAAGCUCAGCAAUAGAUUUAAGAAGAAACAGGAGUUCAGCAUCAGGCUGAACGGCAUCCUCUCACACAGACAAAGUACAGGCUUUUUGACCAUGCCCUGCUACAGCAAUGAUGUCUUUGUGACUAUAACACACAAAACCAGAAAUAUGCUUUCUUCUGCUUACAGACCCCCCAAAACACAUACAAACUGCGGUUUGAUCAAAUGUUUCACUCAGGAUUUCUUACUUUUCUCAUGUCUUCACUCACACUAUCAGUGCUCUCAUACACCUACAAAGAGAGAAGGCCCUUCCAAAACCUUUAGUUAAGCUCAUUUAAUCCAUUCGGUACUGCUCUCAUCUUACUGUUUCUAGAAAAAUAAAGCAUCAUUCUACAGCUAGGUCAGGGAAGUUUUAACAUGUGGGAUUGCAGAGAGAGUUUAAAAAGAUGAAGUCAAGAAGAAAAAAUAUAUAGAUAAAAACCCACUUCACACUGAAGAAAAAAGUAUUCAGCAUCAGCAAAGUGGCAGAACUGAGCACAUUUUGUAUUCCUUAGGAAGGUGUGCAAAAGGUAAUGUACUGAAAACUACGAUAUCUAAAUGUAUUUGCAGGCAGAGUCCAUACCACUAAGAGGUACAAUAACACUGUUUUGCACAUGAAAGGGGGUCCCCCCCUGAACAGGAGUGUGGCUCUACCAUGUAACUGGAAAAAGUAAUCACAAGUAAUAGUCAUAAAACCAUUUUGAUACUUAGCACUCCUCCACUCACAAUAUAACUAGAAAUAGCUUAAAUAAAUCCCUCUAGCACCAAGUUGCAUCUUUAUCGUUUUCCUUAAAGAAAACUCAAGUAAUUAGUUUUCCCCUAAAAAUACACUUUAUUUUGUCUGCAAACUCAAGUAGCUAACUAGCUGAGAAAGGCCAAAUUUUGACUUGGUUGGGAAUCUCCAAGCCUAACUGUGAGACCUGUCAUUGCCUCUGAGGCACAUUUUCUCCAAGACCCUUCAUCUACCCUGACGAAGGUCUGCAGAACAGAGACGGGGAUGGAGAUCAGGAGCUUUUCCAUACCCCUGAGCCUUACAGAACUUUACCAAGAAAAUGUCAUUUACAUUGCACAGCCAUGUUGUGUGUGAUGUAGAUCCAAGAAACUUCAGACGUGCAAUUCACAUGCAAACAAGAUAAUUAACACAAGUCUGCCAACUACUACAGAAAUCACAGCAGUGGCCUUGGUAUGACUACCAGUUUCAAGCACAGAACCAAACUGACCUGAGCUACUCCAGAGACCCUUGACAAUGAGUACCAGCAAAGCACAGAAAGCACCACUCCUAACAGCGGGCAGGCAUGCAGGUGAUGUACCCCUGCAGCCCCUGGAGUAAGGGUAGGUAGAGUAUGGAAACAGUGAAAAAUCAACCCAAAACAUUCCCACAUUUUUUUGGCAAAUAGGUAGUCUGCAAGAGACACUGUAAAAUGGGUAUCUGUAUGCACUAUCAAGACUGUAGCAUCAGAAGCCCUCAGGACAGCAUUGCUCAGAUAGAACAGGAGCAAGAUUUGAUAGAGAAAUAGGAUGUGAUUUAGUUCUGCCAUGGGGCUGAUGUUUUAGAAAUUGUGGCUUGGGUGCCGCCAUCUCACUUGUCUCUGCGAUGGGCAGGACCCCAGACAGAAGCUUCCUUACAACAGUUACCAGAGGCACACCGAGCUGACACACUGCAGCCAUGAUAAAAUCAUUCAAAAGAUGUUCCUAGAAGUAUAUGGCACUGCCAGAUGAGAUUGUAAUUGCUAGGACUGUUCAUCAGGCUGAGUAAUUUUAAAUAUGGCUCUGGACUUCAGAGCAGUUUUUCAAGAAAAACAAAAUUAACGAGUAAGUGGAAUGGUUUUUACAGGCAGUAAAUAGACUGUUUAAUUCUGGAUAUUAACUUCAGAAAACAAUUUCAUCUGAAUGGACGGAUUGAUAGAUGCCUGUUCUACUCACCAGGCACCACUCCUUUGAUGUCGCUUUCCGCGUUCAUCCUGUUCUUGCGGGUGAGCUGCAGGAUAAGUUCCUUGGAUGCCUCAAACUGCUGCGUAGCCAUCAGCCACCGGAGGGACUCUGGGAAAAUACUUCAGAGAUGGAAAACGCAUUAGGGUUGCUGCCCGGUUUCUGCCAGAGGAAAAGUAUAGCGGGUAGCUGCUCAUUUAAGUAUUUGGGGGUAGUAUAACUACUUUCAAAAAGUGGAAAAAUCAUCUGUUAAAAAAUACAAGAGAAAAAAGGCUCGGAGCACGGGAAUUGGUGACAUUCACUUUUACGUUGCUCCACAGAUGACACAGGAACCAUCCUAUCACCUUGAGAUAGGACAUAUGAGAAUUUUAUAACAUAUUAGAGGAGUUCUGACUAUUAAUAAUUGUGAAAGAACGGGGAGAAGGAGGAAGCACUGUGUGCAGGAGACAUCUGCUGCCAGGCAGGGGAUAGAUGAGCUGCACAGUUAACACAGGAUAAUUCAGGCCACAGAAGGAAAACAUCUGACAGAAGUGAUUUGGAUUCUCUUGUAGAGAUGGAGAUUAGAAAGUGAAAAAUUACUUUCCAGGAUUAUAAUGGAACAGAAUUGUUUAAUUUUUAAACAUGUAAGAAAAUCUUCUUCCUCACAUGCAGAUUUUAAGGCAUUCUUUUAUACGGGUGAAUUUGGUGUGUACUCCAGAUAAAGUUCAGUUGCUGCUAUAAAAGUUUCUCCCAGUAAAGACAAGAUGAUGUUAACUGAGUUGCCUUACAAGCAUACACACAAAUGCACAUACAGUCAUAAUAUAAAAGAGUUUAUUUUUCAUCUGCUUGUUUCCCUCAAGCGCUGACACUCACCUCAAUCUCCAGCUUAAUUCUUCCCUAUUUGUUUUUCAUGUAAGUUCAUUUUAUUUUCAUUUAAAACAAACAAUCAAACAAACAAAAGCAACACAAAAUAAAGAUCUAAAUAAACAAACAAACACCCAAAAAACCCCACCAACCACCACCGCCCUACACUUACAUCAAUACAGAUACUUUCAGAACGGACUUUUUUUUUUCCUCUUGCUUUGGCCUCAUUUUCACUCAUUUUCCAGCAGACCUUUCUAAGAAUGAAUUUAUCAGCUUCUUUUAACUUCAAAUAUACAGUAAACCUCAUAUUUCCUUCAAAAAGCACCAACCCUUGCUGCAAAUGCUGCCCCAGCUCUUCUAAGCAGUGGAGCAGCCAAUUGUACUGUUAGGUUACUACUUUUUAAGGUUACUGCAAUUUGGACCUCACCCUUAGCAAGAACAUACAUAAAGUAUGUGAGUGUAUUCAGAUGUACUUAUACAUACCACAGUAUAACUGAACAGCUGUCCUAACCAGAGCCCAUUUCAGCAAAUGCAUAAACUCCAGGCAAUGCAAAUUCUUCUGCUUUGCCUAUUACACCUGUGUGUCAUAUCACCUAAGCGGGAUUAAUUUGUGUUCUCUGCCCAUCCUGCCCAGCCAAACCACCACUAAGCUCUUGCAGAUUUGGAAACAAGUUCUAGCAUUUGCUAUUACUAUGAUCCCUUGUGAAGAGGACCCUGUUGAAUUCUCAGAAGAAAUGCAGGAGAUUCUGCCUCAGCCAUGUGGGGAGGACGCUACGUCCAGAAGAAUACUGGGGGCUCACAUCUGUCUAUCAUGUUCAUUAGACAUCUUCAUUCCGCUUGGACACAGAUAUCAGCAAGCACUGCAUUGGGUUCUAUCCAGUGGUGGAUACAAUGCCCUUCAGCUGGUGGGAUCCCAGCAGAAGGCUUAGGAGUAGGCCUGCAAGCAUUUUUGGUUUGCAUGUGUACAUCACGCUGCAGGUUUGGGAGAACAGUAUUGUAUAUUAUCUACAUUCUAGGCUAUUCACCAUCGAGGUAUCACCAGCAAGAUACUUAUUAUAUAUUGGAAAUCAAGAAGGGAAAAGAAGUCAUUAUCUUAUAAAAGACUUACAACUUUCUCCUGUGUGCUGCUUUUUGCCCUCAGCCCAAGCUGUAGUAUGUCUACCUAUGUGAGCUCAGAGAUGGGCAAAGAGAUUUCUACUUAAGGGGUUAUGGUGAUGAAUGGAUGAGAACUCUAUCUGUUCCCAAGAACAGAAAAAAUAUAGAACUUAACUGUUACGUAUCAUAACAAGUUCUUACACACUGCAACUUGUUAGGUGUUACAACCAUCAACAUCCUCCUUUUUCAGACUGAAGCAACUAAAUAUUUAAAUCUAGCCAGCAUUACUUUAAAACUAAUUAUCUACUCUGUUCUCAUUGUUACGGUUUUGUACAACCCUGCUCGCAUAAGCCUCCACUAUGUUAUGCCACCACUGUGUGUCACUCUUAAGACAGAAGCAAAAAGACAUGUUUUUGGGAGGUUUUUGAAGUUCUGGUGGGAAUAGAGCCCCCCACUUCUCCAGGACAGGCAGCACCAGGCCUGGAGCCCUUUGCCAAAGCACAGCCCGCAGGGCUGGCAGUGAAGAGCGGAAGGAGCCAGGACGGAGAAGCGACCUGUGGGAAUGCUGCUCAGUGCAGGCUGGCCACAUGGCUGUCAGCCUGGCACACAGUAAUUUGGGCAAAACCUAGCAGGGAGGUUCAGAGCUGGCCGCCUCAUGCACACACUGGGCCCAGUCGUAAUACUCACGAGCGGAGGUGUGUUAUUUUUAACCUAGAUGGGCUAACCAAGGCCAAAGGAAUGAACAGGGACUGCCCAGAACCACAGAGCAGGUUUAAGGAGAAAAUUGAGCUGUGCAGCCACGAGUUGAAGCAGUUAGGCUGGGACACGUCCUUUUGCAUCUUUAAAGUGGAAGAGACUGCCAGAGAAAUUACAAAGUACAACUUUCUGCCCAACAGAAUACUCAUCUACUGAGUCCUGACACACGAACACGUAAAACUUACAGCUACUACAGCAAGCUGUAACAUUAAUUCUUCUUACUUCACAGUCAAAACUUUAUACAAAGUGAGUAGAAGAACAAGGUAUUAAUUUAUAUGUGUGGGUAAUCACCCUUACUUCCAGGCACCUCUCAAGUCCAGCAUUAGGAACUUGUGCUGCCUUUGACCCGAGGGGAAAGAAAUACUUACACCCAGU